UUCAGUGAGCCAACACAAACAUGGUGGAUUCUCCUAAAAGCACAAAAGAAAAUAGUAUUUCCAGUCAAUGUGAAUGUCCUACUGUUGAACAGCUGGAGGAAAUCCUACAUGGAGGUCAGUUAUCUUGUAAUCAUGUUGAUGAAGUGUGGCCCAGUCUGUUUCUGGGAGACAUGUACAUGUCUCAUGACAGAUAUGGACUUUGGAGACUUGGUAUUACUCAUGUUCUAAAUGCUGCUCAUGGGAAAAUGUGUUGUAAAGGUAGUGAUGAUUUUUAUGGUACCACAGUGCAAUACUAUGGUGUAGCAGCUAAUGACCUACCUACAUUUGAUAUUUCACCUUUCUUCUACCCUUCUGCACAUUAUAUUCAUCAGGCUCUCAGCACUCCCGGAGCCAAAGUCUUUGUGCACUGUGCUGUUGGUGUAAGCCGUUCUGCUGCCCUGGUCUUGGCUUAUUUAAUGAUCUAUCACAACUACAAAUUAGUGGAUGCAAUCCUGAAAGUUAAAGAAAAGAGGUGGAUUUUUCCAAAUCGAGGAUUUCUCAUGCAUCUUAUAAAUCUGGAUUCUAAACUAAAGAGCAUAUCUCAAAAUGACUGUCCUGUCCAGGGAAAAAUCUAGCCAGUGAUGUAUUAGUAUGUGUAAAAAGAAUGCUAGGAUGCUUGAACAGGCAAAUGGCAUCAUGUUGAAUGACUAAUAUCUUUUUUCCAAAAUUUAGUAUAUCACUCUAAAAUCUGAUUUCAGUUUUUUAGAUGUACAUAUAACGUUUAUAUAUUUGUGUAAAAAAAAAUUGUUGUAUUUAUUGCCUCGUUUAGCUCUUUAAUCAAAUGUAUUAUUGCCACUGGGCUGAAGGCCAUUCUCUGUAUUUAAACAUAAAAGCCCCAUUAUAAUGAAAGUUUGAUAAUAAUAAAAUAAAGAAAUAAAUGAAUGAGCAUCCUAAAGAGUAAAAAUUCAAGUUAGUAAAAAACAA